UUUCUCUUGAAGCCAUACAGUGCCCUUCUCCUAGGCCUCAUCUGAGCUUUCCGUAUUCCAGGGGUUAAUCAUCUUAAAUAUGGUGAAUCAGUUCUCUUUCCACGACGCUUCUACAUCAUUUAAUGAUGCUCAGUUCAUGGCUGAUGCAAUGGACUCGACUAUACCCCACCUUGUUGCGGCGGGAAACGCUGGUCAAUGGGGAACUGAGCCCCUUUCUAGAAAGGAGUCGUUCAUGCAGAAGAUGCAUGAUGCUGUCUCCAAGUCGGAGCAGUUCUGUGAAACGGGGGCUGGUGAUCGAGAGAGAAUAUUUAUCGCCGAGGUUGAAGACGAUCAGACCAGCUCAGGAUCCACUGCAAACGGAAACCUCUCCCGCCGCGUGGACGAGAAUGGAAAAUCCUUUGUGUCUGUUGGUUUCGUCAAAAUUGUCGAAGAACAAUUCGUGAGCUAUUUGAAAGAGACAGAGAGUUUGAAAGCCCAGAUCGAACCUGCGUUGAAAAAGGGCAAGUUUGUCUUCCUCCAAUACCUCGUCACUGAUCACCGAGUUGGUGAUAGACGUCGUGGGGCUGGGGCUGCUCUCCUUCAGAAAGUCAAGGAUUAUACUCUUGAGCGUGGUUGGAAGACGAUCUGGCUUGAUUGCUGGGAUGGAGGUAAUGGGCAGUUGGUGCAGAUUUCAUAUUAUGGGGAGCUUUGGGAAUGA